UCUAUUUUUAGUACAAACUUUAUUUAUCUGUCUUUUUCACCCCUCCCAGAGAAGAAGAUUCAAUUCCACUUUUGUUGUUGUUUGUUCCAAUUUGUGUUUUGUAAUCUUCUUCUCUCCCUAAUCUUCUUCACCGCGCAUUCAUUUCCUUCCCUCCAUAAUCCAAGCUUCCGUUACAAGCUCUCUCUCUCUUCUUCCUCUUUUUCGUGUUUGAAUUUUCCUGAAAUUAAAAAACAAAAUCUCUCAGGAGCAUUAUUGAUUUUGCUGGAGGAUUUGAAAGGAGAGAUUUUGUUGGUGUGUUAGUUGUUUGAUUUUGGCUGAUGUUGUGUGAGGGAGGAGGAGGAAGUGGUGUAUGAAGCCGAGCUUUAAUACGGAUAUGCAGGGAGACGUUUUGGCUGUUCAUCGAGAUGAUAUAUUAGGAUACCCGAAGAAGACCGAUGUUGAAGAUUUUAGGGAUGGAGAUGAAAAUGGAUGGACAACUUCGAGUAGGAGGAAUACGUUGGACAUGGUUAAGGAAGGUAUGUUGUUGAAUGCAGAGGAGUUGACUACAUCUUGCGAGGAGAAGGUAUCGAUAAGUAGAGACGAAUUCGGUACCUUGAGGAGUGAAGCACAGAUUAUGGUGGAAAGAGAUGGUGUGAGGAGUCCUGUAACUAGUAAGUGUAAAACAGGUGAUGAACAAAUUACAUCUUGGAAAAAUGAAAAUGGACAUGAGUCUUUUAAGCUGUAUGAACAAGGUGUGUUGGAGAGAGAUGAAAAGGUACUCGAUUUUGUGUCAAGGGAUAAUGAAGAAUCUGCUUCAGGUUCACCAGAGAGGGAUGACAUUACUCUUAGUAAAGAGAUUAAAGAACUGGAUACACAAGUGGUAAAUGGUCAUCUGAAGGUAGGUGGAACCGAAGAAGAUACAGCAGCAUGUGAUAGAUGUGAAAAUAGGGAUGAGAACAGAUUGUUGGAAAAGAACAGUGAAGAUAAUGAACUGCAGAGUCCAAGAUGCGAGACACAAGUUAAUAAUACAAGUAUUAGAAAGAUGGAAAUGAGAGAAGUUAUAGGAGAGCAAGACUCUUCGCCAUGUACUGCGGAUGCAGUUAAAGUAGCUGGAGAGACAUAUCAAAACGUAUACUUCAAUGGACCAGUCUUACCGCAGUCACCUACACAAGGACAUAGGCGCACCCAAAGUGAGAUAGGGACUCCUGGACACAGACGCACAAACAGUUUCCAGAGAUUGAAAACACAGAUGCAAAAGGCUUGGCGUGGUGUCAGCAAUCUGCGUGAGGAUAACCGGCCCACUUUCAAUCCUGAGGUCUUAGCAAACCAAAAAAGACAGUGGUACCAGCUCCACUCUUCAAAAGCUCUGGAUCAAACAAAAUUGAAGGAGCCAGCGUCACUGUUUGAACAUUUUAUCAUCGUGGGGCUUCAUCCGGAAACGAAUUUGAGGCCAGUGGAAGAGGCUUUCCGUAGAAGAAAGAAAUGGGAGAUGGAGAUGUCAAGGUAUGAAGUGGCAGAUUACAGAAUACUCCGUCACCGUGGGCCUCAAUUUCCUAUAUUGGAGCCACAGAUUCUUUUUAAAUACCCUCCCGGAAAGAAGGUAGCAAUGCGUCCAAAGGAUCUAGCAACUUUCUGCUUUCCUGGUGGUGUCAAGGCACGACUUUUGGAGAGGACCCCAUCUCUCAGUGAUCUAAAUGAGCUUGUGUAUGGACAGGAACAUUUAGGCACUGAUGAUUCGUCAUUCAUAUUUUCGUUCAAGGUAGCAGAUGAUGCGACAUUGUAUGGUGUUUGCUUACAUGUCUCGGAGAUUGUUCAGAGACCCCCUGGUGUAUUAAGCACUGCGUCACCCUUGCAUUCAUCUGGAGGAGGCAGUCGUUUUUUGGUUUCUGCACCUCGAUGCUACUGCUUGUUGACCAGAGUCCCUUUUUUUGAACUACACUUUGAGAUGUUAAACAGUAUGAUUGCACAAGAGCGUCUAAAACGAAUAACCGAAUUUGUUAGUGAGAUGUCUCUUGCUGCUGCAUGCUAUCUUCCAUCAAUAUCCAGGAGGAAUGAUCAAAUUGAUAGCCGUGUUUCAUCACCUCGUAGCAACCCUGAUGAUUGGAUGGCUUCUGCAAUACCUGUUGAUGGAGUCAUGGCACUCACUGCCGCAGCUGCAGGACUGAUAACGGAUAGUGACAUUGCGAAUUUUGCAGAACCUCAAUCUCCAGAUAGUGUUGUCACCAGUGAUACUUCAGAUGUUAGCCAGAUCAAGGAAAUAGAAAGAGACGGAAGAAAAGUUUUCCAUUGUUACGAUGAAAAUUCUCCUGAAGUAUUUGAGAACCACUUGGAUACCCCCGAAAGAACGUCCCAGAGCUAUGACAAUGGCCACACUUCUCCAGAGGUUACAUGUUCUGAUCCUAGGACCCAACCGAUAGAGCGUAAUGAAAGCUGUGAGUCUGUGUUCAGUUCAGCUAGAAGUGUGUUGUCAGAUGAUGUUGAUGAAUUAUCGAAUAGCGAAAAUGAUUUUGGAGAUGAUUUAAUACUGGAAUGGGCUAAAGACCACAACAAUGAUUCCUUACAAUUAGUUUGCGGCUACCAUUCAUUGGCAAUUCCUUCCCGUGGAAGUGAAGUAGUUUUCCACCCCCUGGAACAUUUACAAUCAAUCUCGUAUACCCGUCCUCCAGUUUCAGCUCUAGGAUUGUCAGAAGAAUAUAUUUGCUCUUCUGAUUCUAAAGAGAUAAAUGCAAGGUUGGCAGCUGCUGAGGAGGCCAUGGGUCUCUCAAUGUGGACAACGGCAACAGUUUGUCGUAUUCUCUCACUUGAAACUAUUAUGUCACUGCUUGCUGGAGUAUUAUUAGAGAAGCAAAUUGUUAUAAUCUGCCCAAAUCUGGGUGUUUUGUCAGCAAUAGUACUGUCUCUUGUACCAAUGAUUCGGCCAUUUCAGUGGCAGAGUUUAUUGCUUCCGGUUCUGCCUGGAAGGAUGUUUGAUUUCCUCGAGGCACCGGUUCCCUUCCUUGUCGGUAUACACAGUAAACCUAUUGAUUGGAAGGUCAAGACGUCUAAUCUUAUUCUAGUUAACAUCCUCAACAAUCAGGUAAAAAUAUGUAACAUGCCAGCAUUGCCUCAGUGUAGAGAACUUAUGGCUCAGUUGGCUCCAAUCCAUGCAACAUUGGCUCAUCAGAGCUCGAACGCUAGAAGACACCCGGUUUAUAAAUGCAAUGAAGUGCAAGCAGAAGCCGCGACUAAGUUCUUGAGAGUAAUGAGAGAUUACAUGGAGUCUCUUUGCUCAGAUUUACACUCUCACACCAUAACAAGUGUUCAAUCCAAUAGCGACAGGGUUUCUCUACUUCUAAAGGACAGUUUUAUCGAUUCAUUUCCUGGUAGAGAUCGACCCUUCAUUAAGUUAUUUGUAGACACACAACUGUUUAGUGUUUUAUCAGACUCGCGACUAUCGAGCUUUGAGAACGGGAGUCUCUGAAGCUCAUUUUGUCAUCAACUUAUAUACAAUACAAAACUGAAGAAACAAACCAAAGUCAAAUCAUAUGAAAAGAAGGAAAAGAAAAGCAAAAGAGGGUAACUUUUACUACCCUAUAUACGCAGAGAGAGAGAGGUGAUGGAAUACAAAUGUUUUAACUCAGAUUUUACUGCAGUGGAAAAGUAAGAAAACAAGAAAACAGAGACAUGCUUAUCGUGUCUGGAUCUUUCUGAUCCAUUUUUACCAUUAACAUACUUGUUUGAAAACUUAUUUCCUGCUCUUGUAAAUUAUUAACCACCGCUCAAUAGAAGCUUUUGUUUGUUAUAGUUUGAACAGAACACUUGAAAACCCUUUUUACUUAAUUCAAGUGCUUUGAUUUCAAUAGACAUGCUGCAUAGUA